AGAACUAUCGAACGACGCAACGUCGAGAGAGACCCAGAUGGUAGGCCUACGUUCAUUCCGCUACGUUUCGCCUCGCUGUGUUUACGCGGGACAGGUCUGCGGGAGGUUAUUUAACCUAACCUAACUCUUCGAACGUACACGCUGAAAUCAAUCGAAUUCGUGUACUCGACCAACGGAUCGGUUUAGUUUUUUCCGAUGAACAUGGAGCUCUUCGAUGAUCCGGUUCUCAAAACUCAGUACAAGAAGAACAAAUUUCGCUUGAAGCAGUGGGAGAGCGAUUUCAUGGAGAAAUACGGACGCAAACCCAACAAGAACGAUAUAAAAGAGGCGGACGUGUCCAUCAAAGCGGCGUACAAGAUAUACUGGAAUCUGAAAACGCGCGCGAUCGAGGAAACGCUCAUGGACAUUACUUUCUGCGACGAUGUUCAAAGCAAUAUAACAAACGCGUCGUUGGUAGAAACAACGGCGAUUAAUUCGAACAAACAUGACAUGAAAAAUCCAAGCCCGGAGAAGCCAAAGAGUCCGGACAAGUCGAAGAGAGACGCGGAGAACAUAGCUCCUUCGCACGACGGCAAACAUUCCGCUACGGAAUCGGAGAUACCUACCGGUCAAUCGGAUGCGGCGAAUAUUCAGGGUGUGUGGGGCAGUCAUUUGACCAAGAGCAAGGAACAAGCGCCGAAGAAGCAACUUCUGAUCGGUCGAUCCACCUCGUUCCAAUUGUCCAGAAACAAAUUUGAGAGUUCGGCCUUCACCAAACGAAAUCCAAGGAAAUCCCUGUCGGCCGUUAAACUGAGACCAAAGUCCGACAAAGGUGGCGAUCCGAGUGUCGAUCAGUUGGACGCGGACAGCAGAGACGGUUUUGGCGUGACGACCGUUGAGCAAAAACCGAUAUUCGGCGAAUCGAUCAAGGUGACGUUUGAGGAAAACAAAUCCGGCGUAUCGCAUUCCGUGAGCGCUGUUCAGCAAUUGGUCGAGGGCCGUGCGACCGGUGCGAAUCGAAAUCUGAACCAAGGCUGGCUGGAUCGAUGCACGAGGGAGUGUAAUCUGGAAAUGGCGGUGAUCAAUUCGCAAAGGCUCUCGGGCACGAGCGACUCCGGCAUGGAGUCGAUGGAAUCCAGCAUUUACUCACCGAAAGACUCGGCGAUCACAGUGAAUUCCACCGCGUCGCUUCUCCGCGUCUCGGACGAGGAAGAGGACUUCAUAUGCAACAGCGAUUCUGAGGAGGAGCGCAGGAACAAACGCAUCAGAAACUUCAAGAGACAUCUGAGCGAACAGGACAUCUGUCGUCCGGCUAAGCGACGAUGCGUUGAGAUCGAUUCCGGUUCCGCUACUCGGCCGGGCGGAACAACCGAUGGCAGCAAUACUUGCAAAGUAACACCCGAUGCUGACGCGAGACUUAAUUUAUCACGCAGAGACGUGCACAUUGGAAACAAAACAGCUAUCGACGCAAAAUCAACAACCGGCGAAGUUGACGCGAUUUUAAAAUCGAGGACUCGAAACAAAGAAGUCGCCUCAGACGUUGAUGUCAAAUCGAACGAUGUUGUUGACAACGAAAUGGCAUCUAGAAACAUUUGUCACACCGAAACAAAGAACGACUCGACAACGACGAAUAUUAUUUCCAAAUCGAAGGAUCCCGUGAACGAAGAAACUUCUUCGACGAUUGAUGAGAAAUCAACGAAGCAAUCGUCGCGUCGAAGAACGAGACAACUGUCGUCCGAUCAUUCCGAUUGCGAUUACGUGGAAGAGAAGAGCAAGAAGAUCAGAACAAAAGCGAAGACGAACGCCGUGCGUACGCGUUCCGCUAAAACCUCGACGGGCCAACGAAAUGGAAGAAAGAGCAACGAAGAAAAAUCGAACGCGGUUAGACGACGAUCUUCCAGAAGAAAGAAUUCGGUUAAAUACGACGAAGAGCAGAGUUCGGAUUCGGAGAUGAGAAAGAUUCCGAUUUACAGCGUGGAAACUUUACGAACGACGCCUCGUUUCGCGGUGAGACCGAGCGCAACUGGCGAUCUGAUCGCGCAGUUCUCCGAAACGGUUGACGAUGAGAAAAUCGACGACGUUUCUUCAGCGUCUUCCAGAGCGAGCGCCAAGUUGACCGCGAAGGAAAAACUAGAGAAGAAAAUAGCUGCCGGAACGUUAAACGAUAAUUACGUCAGAAUAAAUCUGAAGAAGAAGGUAUUCGUGCGGGGCAAGAAGAACUUCAAUCUGGCCAAAUACAAAAGGAAUCAGUGGAAACAGAAGAAGAAAGAUUUGAUGUCCAGCGAAGGCAGUUUGGACGUGGCCGACUUGAUGGACAAAAACAGUACGACGUGCUUUAAAUGCGGCGAAUCCGGCCACUUCGCCAAGAAUUGCUCGGUAUCCAAAGGUGACGCUCUUCUACCUUUGGACGAGAUUGACGAAUCGUCGUCUUCGAACUUUCCGACUUUAGAGGAGGCUGAAAAGAUGGCGAGCGAAAAUGCCAUCGUCGCUCACGGUCGCAGAAUUGAUCGGCUUCCCGAAAAGCCAUCUGCUUUUGUGACAAUCUCGUGUUUCAAGCAGAACAAAGAAGAGAAACCGAAAGAAGAUCUGGCGAAUUUGCUCAAUGACGACUUCGCGGACGAAUUCGGCGAAGGAAAUACGUUAACUUUCGGCCACAAAAUACCGCAAGAACUAUUGUCGAGAUUAUUGCCACCUCAAAUGAAAGAAGUCGAUCCGUUGUAUCCAGCGAGCAAAGACGGUACUCACAUCGAAACCCCGACGGAAGUGUUCGAGGCGUUGCGUAUGUUCGGCCACGAGAGCUUCAGAGCCGGCCAGGAAAAGGCGGUGAUGAGAAUUCUGUCCGGUCAAUCGACCCUGGUGACCUUGUCCACAGGUUCCGGAAAAUCCCUGUGCUAUCAAUUACCGGCUUACUUGUAUUCCCAGCGCUCACGCUGCAUCACUCUGGUGAUUUCGCCCCUGGUGUCUCUGAUGGACGACCAAGUGACGGGCGUGCCUCUGUUUCUGUCGGCCGCGUGCUUGCACACAGGUCAGACGCCAAAAGUCCGAGAACAAGUGAUGCAGUCGGUGAAGGACGGUAAGGUGAACAUUUUGCUGGUGUCGCCGGAAGCGGUGGUGGCCGGCGAGAAGUCAACUGGUUUCGGCGCUCUACUCAGGCAACUGCCGCCGAUCGCGUUCGCUUGUAUCGACGAGGCUCACUGCAUCUCGCAGUGGUCGCACAACUUCCGUCCUUCUUAUCUGAUGGUUUGUCGAGUGCUCAAGGAGAAGCUGCGCGUGAAGACGGUGUUGGGACUGACAGCGACCGCGACGAGGGCGACGGCGGAGAGUAUAGUGAAACAUUUAGAUCUCCACGACGGCAUGGCCGGUGUCAUCUCGGACGUGCCGUUGCCCAGAAAUCUCGUUCUGACGGUGUCCAAGGACGAGAACAAAGAUCAGGCGUUGAUCGCGUUGUUGAGGAGCGAGAGAUUCCGUAACUGCGACUCCGUGAUAGUUUACUGCACUCGUAGAGACGAAUGUAUUAGAAUCGCAGGAUUAUUGAGAAUAUCACUGCAAGACCCGCAGAAUCCCGAAAAGCCGGACGCAAAAGUGUCCGCGAUAGCCGAGGCUUAUCACGCCGGCAUGACCGCUUACAAACGCAAGGUUGUGCAGAAGAAGUUUAUGAGCGGAGAUAUUAAGAUUGUGGUGGCAACUGUUGCGUUCGGGAUGGGCAUCAACAAGUCGGAUAUCCGCGCUGUCAUACAUUACAACAUGCCCGGCACUUUCGAGGGAUACGUGCAAGAGAUCGGUCGUGCUGGGAGAGACGGUCUCCCAGCGCACUGUCAUUUGUUCUUAAAUCCCGGGGAAAACAGCGACAAGUGGGAGUUGCGUAGACAUAUACACGCGAACGGUGUCGACAGGCACACGAUCAGACACUUACUUCAAAGAAUCUUCAUACCUUGUUCGUGCGCGAAGAUAAACGGACAAAAUUCGAACCGGAGGUGUCCCGGUCACGAAGUCGCUCUUCCAAUCGACGAGACCGUUCAAGCUCUCGACAUCACGGAGGAGACAAUUUCGACGUUAUUGUGUUACCUCGAGUUGCACCCGAAGAGAUUCAUCACCGUGCUCUCGUCCGUGUACGUACGAGCUCGCGUUUCGAGCUACCACGGACCGCAGCCUCUCAAACAAGCUGCGCAAUCGUCUCCGCCGCUCGCAAUGGCGAUAGCGUUAGACAUGAAAAAGGGGAUUUCGCAUGAGAACAGUAAUCUCAUAGAAUUUCCGGUGAUCGACGUUGCGUCAGCCAUUGGCUGGGACAGUGGCGUGGUGAAGAGUCACCUUAAGAAUUUAGAAUGGACGACAGCAGCUGACGGUAGGACAAAACGAUCGGCAAUAUCGGUGCAUUACGAUAAACUCGGUCUUCGAGUGAAAGCACCUGGCGAUCUCACAGACACCGAACUCGACGAGGCGCUCGACGCAUUGAUCGCGCGCACUCGAGCUCAGGAAUCCUCGUGUUUGCAACAACUUGAACUCAUAUCGUCCACGCUCAACAAUAUCAGCGUGCCAUCGAUCAGGCAUUGCUCGGUUUGGGACGAGAACAUCACGAAGAAGUCGGAAGAGCUCAAAGACAUCAUCAGAGAGUACUUUAAAUCGGAAUCUUCCUUGAAGAGUAUCGAUAUCGAUUUCCUGGACAAGGUGACAAACGAGCAACAAAUCGCCGCCGAUGUGCGCAGUUUGAUUAUGUGUUACAGAGACACGAACUUCACAGGCCGUGCCGUGGCUCGCGUCUUUCACGGGAUACAAAGUCCGAAUUAUUCCGCGCUGAUUUGGGGAAGGUGCCGUUUUUGGAGGGCGCACCUUGCAUCAGACUUCAACGCCAUUUGUAAGAUUGCCACCAGAGAAAUUCUAGCACUGCGAUAACGGGAUCGGUUGAUCAUGUGACGUACAAGUCAAUUCGCAUUACAUACUACUUAUUUCUAUUUAACUUAAACGUUCAAGUUUAAUUGUUAACAUAAACAAACUUUUACGCUACAGUGUAAUUGGUUGACGGUUACAACGUAAGUUUUAGGUUUGUAAUAAAAAACAAAAAAAAAAAAAAAGGGUAGCUUUUUUAUGUUCUUAUAUUUCUUUUAUGUUCUACUCGACUUAACAUUAAUCAAUUUGUUUUUUAAGUUUGGAUAUUGGAUGUAGCAUUAAUAAACAAUGUUUUAAUAAAAGAAGAAAAAUUUUGAACACCAUCGUACGUAUCUUAUACAUAAGUUGAACAAGUUGAAUAAAUCAUCAGGUUGUUAUCAACACAGCGUGUUAUUUAUUUUAUGUUAAAAUUUGUGACCAAAAAACUCUGCUUAAUAUAUAAAACUUUUUAUAAAAUUGUAAUACACGUAACAAACAUAGAAAAUUUGUAUAUAAAAUGCUUUUUCUUUUGCAUUCAUGCGUUAUAUAUCCUAAAGUGGGUCUGUUUUUUAUCGAUAAAACUGAAUUUUUUGCGCACACUAAGUUUUUUUUGGCCGUAUGGAUCGACAAAUCCUUUUCUACG